UGGGAGGACGGUGCUCGUGAUUUUUACUGACAGCGGAGCAUGUAAAACAAUGCUCAAAGAAAAGAAAAUGUUUUUAUAUCUGUUGAGCUGGGUGUCAUCUAUUCUUCAUAUUAUAUUUUGCACUUUAUCUUUGGCGGCUGGGUUGUACUAUAUUGCUGAAGCUGUUGAGGAAUAUACUGUUAUGACAGCAAAAAUUAUAAAAUAUAUGAUUUAUGCCACGUCAAUAAUCAUGCUUGGUUUGUUCUUCAUAGAAGGCAUGCCGUUUUACCUCGUCGCUGCAUUGUUAUUAAGCAAUGUUGACCAUUACUUUCUACUAAAUGAAUUUCCAUUCAUCUCACUUUCUUCUCCAACUUUUAUAGCUGGAGCAGUUCUGGUGUUUGUCAACCAUUACUUAGCAUUCCAGUAUUUUGCCAAUGUAUACUAUUCAUUUUCAGAGAUUCUGGCUUAUUUUACUCUCAAUCUCUGGCUCGUUCCAUUCUCAUUUUUUGUAUCACUCUCCAUUAACGAAUACACAUUACCAACCAUGCAAACCAACAAUCCAAAUACAAUAGGCACUCCUGUUGAUAAUGUGUUCAGACGUCCAAAGAGAGCCGGUGUUCUUGGUUUAUUCGACUACCUUUCGGAGAAAAAAGACAAUUUAAAAGAAGAGUUGUUUGGUCGAAAUAAAAUGUUUUAAAACUUCUCUCUUCUUUACAUCAUUUCAAAAAAUAUGAACUGUGGAAUUGGAUUCUUUUGUUAAUGUUGUUGGUAAGCCUUGACUGCAGUUUAUUGAAGCAAUCGUUUUUGUAAAGGAAUAUUUUUAUUUGCACUGUUGCGAUACCAUAGCAGA